UAUGGUUUCAGUAUAGAAAAUCCGCCGGAAUGGCAACUUGGCGUUGCCUCCGCGCCUCCUCUCUCUAUCUCACGCGCCGCCGAAUCUCCGCGCUCUCCGUCGUCCUCUCUUCUUGUCACUGCGAUCACACCUUCCUACCCCAUAAGUCUCUCCCGCCGCUGCCGGGGUUCUCCUCUCCCCGGCGACUAUUCUCUUCUGUGUCCGAAAGAGAUUUUCCAAACCCGGAUUUAGGGUUUCGCGAAAUCUCUGGUGGAAUCAGCGAUGAAUCGUCUUUACCGGUUCUCACUGUUAUACAUUUUCUCGAUGGGUUCCAUCAAUUCACUGGCUUGCCUUGGUGGAUGGUGAUUGCUUCUUCUACUGUGGCUGUGAGGCUUGCGUUAUUCCCUUUACUCGUACUGCAACUAAGGAAGUUGAAAAGGAUCUCGGAGCUGUUACCUCAGUUGCCUACGCAGGGUUCAGAGCCUCUGUCAGCGGGGAGACUUGUUGACCAAUUUUCUAGUUUUCUUAAAGAAAGUCGAGCGAACCGGUGUCCGUCCUUGUUAUGGUUUUUUCCAUACCUAUCGGUCCAGUUCCCAUGCUUUUUCCUAUUGAUGACGAGCAUUCGGAAGAUGUCGUUGGAUGGUCAUCCUGGAUUUGAUUCUGGUGGUGCCUUGUGGUUCCAAAAUUUGAGUGCCUUCUCAGAAGGACUUUUUGGACCAGUCUUUCCAGUUUUAAUUGCUGGCUUACAUUACAUUAACAUAAAGGUUUCUUUUGACUCAUCCACAGUCCGUCAAACUUCUGGCCUUACUGGAUUUUUCAUAAAAUAUUACAAGUUAUAUUUGGAGAUCUUAAGCGUGCCUCUGGUUUUUGUUGGGUAUAUUGUUCCUCAGGGAAGUCUUGUGUAUUGGGUUACUAAUAGCUCAAUAAGUUUAUUUCAGCAUUUAUCUCUCAAGCACCCUGCUGUAGCAGCAAAAUUGGGUUUACUGGGCAGGAGUACCUCUUUAAGAGCUGAGGAUACCAUAGAGAUCAAUGGAGCUGCAAUAAACCUUGUGGAUUCUGACUCAAAAGGGCAAACAAUUUCUCUACAGAAUCUAACACCAGAAGAACUUCUUGCUCUUUCAGUUCAGCUCUUGUCAAAAGGUGAUAGAGAAACAUCAAUUCACUUGCUGAGAUUAGCUCUUGACAAGGAUCCUGAAUAUGUAAGAGGGUUGGUGCUUAUGGGGCAGGCUUUGUUGCAGAGGAUGGAGUUGUCAGAAGCUACUGAAUAUUUAGAGCUUGCUAUUUCCAAGCUUCUUGAUGGGCACGCCUCAAAAGUUGAGGAGGAUGCCGAGCUUUUAAUGCUUGCAUCCCAAUGGGCUGGUGCUGCAUAUGUACAACAGGGAAACAUGAAACGAGGAAUCAUACAUUUGGAAAGAGUCGCAAAACUGAAGGAACCCUGUGAGCAUAGAAGCAAAGAACAUUACUUUGAAUCAUUGCUGAUUCUAUCAAGUGCAUUGUACAGAGAAGGCCAAAAGGAGGAAGCAGCGAAGAUUCUGCGGUUGGUGGUUGAUUACAAACCAGAGUACGAGUAUCUGUUAGACCAAUGUGAAGACGAGAAUGAUUUGGUUGGUGAUCUUGUCAGCAGUAGAAGAGAGCGUUGAUCUGAAAUCGGUAAAUACUCCAUCCCAACCGGGCGGGUAUUCAUAAUUUGUUUGAAAGUUCUUACCUUGAAUUAUCUGCUUUUAGUUUCAGUUUGCUUGUCUGAAUAAUGAGUUCUUGUCCUGACUCCUGAAGCUUGAAAGCGUGUAAAAAUUAGGUCAAAUCUCUUAAAAAUAAACUAAUUAUUCUGAAA